AUGCAUGAAAUCAAGGAUGUGAAAGUUGAAGCACAAGAUCAGCCCGGUAUCGAAAAGAACAAUGAGUUAGAGUCCGGAAUAAUACAAGACAUUGGAGCGCAGCUCUUUGCGGAAGGUGAUCAAAUUUCCGCCGAAGAGCUCGAGCGUGAAGGUGUCGAGGUGCGCAAGAUUCUUGACAGGCGCGUUAUGCCUAUUAUUUACUUGACAUAUUGCAUUCAAUUUUUAGACAAGCUCUCGCUGAACUAUGCGUCUGCAUAUACGUUAAUACCCGAUCUAGGCUUGGAAGGCCAGAGGUACUCAUGGGUUGCUGCAAUCUACAACUUCGGUUACCUCGCCUUUGCCCUACCUUCAAAUCUUCUUCUUCAGCGGCUGCCGCUUGCAAAAUACAUGGGAGUUUCGCUUCUGGUCUGGGCUGGGUUGGUAAUAGCGCACGUUGGCGCAAAGAACUAUGCCGGGAUGCUGAUAUUGAGAUUUAUUCUGGGAAUGGCAGAAGCAUGCGUAAGCCCUUGCAACAAGAUCUUGCUAACGGGAGCAGUGAUGAGCUUUACAUCCAUGUUCUACAAGCGAUCCGAGCAGCCGCUACGCAUGGCCAUCUGGCUCUCUGCAAAUGGGACAGCAACAAUGGUUGGAGCGCUACUCGGCUUUGGUCUGGGCCAUGUGCACAACACAUCUCUUGAAAGCUGGAAGCUUAUCUUCCUCGUCAUCGGCCUCCUGAACCUUGUCACAGGGGUGCUUUUCCUCUGGCUCAUCCCCGACUCUCCCAGCUCCGCCAAGUUCCUCACCCACAGACAGCGCAUCGUCGCAGUUCAGCGCGUCUCCGAAAACAUGAUUGGCAUUAAAACGAAGCAGUUCAAGUUCGGCCAAACCCUGGAGCUCGUAUAUGACAUCAAGGUGCUCUGCAUCCUAGGCAUGGGAAUAUCCUGCGGCGUCAUCAAUGGUGGCGUCUCCAACUUCGCUUCCUCUCUGAUCAAGGGCUACGGCUUCUCCGGCAUUUACGCUACCCUCCUACAACUCCCCACAGGGGCAAUCGAAGCCGUCGUCGUUCCCAUAUGCGGUCUCGUCUCCACAUAUGUCCGCGACUCACGCUGCAUUGUGCUGGCUAUCGUCUCCCUCAUCCCCUUCGGCGGACUCCUAGGCAUCCGCUUUACAGAUCUCUCUCACCGCUGGACCCUCGUCGGCUGCACUUGGCUGCAAUACAUCAUUGGUGCCCCCGUUAUUAUCUCCUGGAAUCUCCUCUCCACUAACAUAGCCGGACACACGAAGCGCUCUAUUGCCAACGGCCUCUGGUUCACGCUAUACGCGAGCGGGAACGUUGCGGGGUCGAACAUUUUCUUUGCAAACGAAGCUCCCCGAUAUUUCUCCGCUUUGACCGGGUUGCUGAUCUGUUACGCGGGUAUGAUUUUGCUCGCUGGUGUUGCGUACGCCGUUAUGAAGAUCGAGAAUGUAAGGCGGGACCGGAAGAUGACUGCUGAGGAGAGCAUCAUGAGGCAGGAUAGGGCCGUUUUGGAUGGGUUCAAGGAUAUGACGGAUAUGGAAUCAAAGGAUUUUCGUUAUGCGCUUUAA